UGCCAGGACAGUACUGGAAACUAGGCAAAAUCCAGCUCAAAGCCACAAUAAAUUGACUACACGGAAUCAAAAUUUCAGCGUUGAAAGGAGGGAGUUUGUUUUAAGCGUGCCAAGAUGAUGACUAUGAUGAUGAUGAUGGUGGCCAUGAUGGUGACGUGCAGCUCUCUGUUGCUGCUGGGGCUGGCCGCCGCCCAUGCUUCCUCCAACACCAUGACCCGCACAUCCUCUUCAACUUCAUCCUCUUCCUCCUCCUCCUCAUCCUCCUCACCACGCAUGAAGCUUUCAUACAAAGAGUUGCAGCAGUUCCAUGGAGUGCGGCGGUUCGAGCUUGAGCGAUCCUGCUGCUUCAGCGCUCUGCUGUUGGAUGAGGAGAGGGGCCGUCUCUUCGUCGGGGCCAAGAACUUCCUGCUGUCACUCUCUUUGGACAACAUCGCCAAGCAGGAACACAAGAUCUAUUGGCCUGCCCCUGUCGACUGGAGGGAGGAGUGUAACUGGGCUGGCAAAGAUAUCACUUCCGACUGUGUGAACUAUGUGAAGAUCGUGCACCACUUUAACCGCACCCACCUGUACGCCUGUGGAACCGGGGCCUUCCACCCUACUUGUGCGUUCGUCGAGGUGGGACACAGGGUUGAGGACCACGUUUUCAGGAUUGACCCCUCUAAGGUGGAGGAUGGGAAAGGAAAGAGUCCAUACGAUCCUCGUCACAAUGCUGCAUCUGUGCUCGUCGGUGAUGAGCUGUAUGCAGGCGUGGCCACAGACUUGAUGGGACGAGACUUUACCAUCUUUAGAAGCCUGGGGAAACGCCCCUCCAUCCGCACCGAACAGCAUGACUCACGCUGGCUCAAUGAACCAAAAUUUGUUGGCUCCUUUUGGGUUCCGGAAAGUGAAAACCCAGAUGAUGAUAAGGUAUUUUUCUUCUUUCGGGAGACGGCAGUUGAGGCCCAGGGGCUGGGAAAGUCCACCUACUCCCGCAUCGGACAACUCUGCAGGAAUGACAUGGGCGGUCAGCGAAGUCUGGUGAACAAGUGGACGACAUUCCUCAAGACCCGUCUGAUCUGCUCAGUGCCAGGAGCCGACGGCAGCGACACAUACUUUGAUGAGCUGCGCGAUGUAUUCCUGCUGCAGACAAGGGACAGAAAGAAUCCUCUGGUCUACACAGUCUUCUCUACUUCCAGCAGUGUAUUUAAAGGCUCAGCUGUAUGUCUCUACUCCAUGAAUGACAUCCGGAGGGCCUUCCUGGGGCCCUUCGCUCACAAAGAGGGGCCCAACUAUCAGUGGGUUCCCUUCCAGGGAAAGGUCCCCUAUCCCCGCCCAGGAAUGUGUCCCAGCAAGACAUUCGGCAGCUUUGAGUCCACAAAGGGUUUCCCAGAUGAUGUGAUCCAGUUUGCGCGGCACCAUCCUCUUAUGUACAACCCGGUCUAUCCUAUGAGCAGACGUCCCAUCUUUGUCAGAACAAAUGUGGACUACAGCUUCACACAGAUUGCUGUGGACAGAGUCAAUGCUGCAGAUGGACAGUAUGAUGUCAUGUUUAUUGGCACAGACAAAGGGACAGUACUAAAGGUGAUCAAUGUACCCAAGGAGAGCUGGAACAACAUGGAGGAACUUCUGCUGGAAGAGCUGGAGGUCUUCAAAGAUGCUUCAUCUAUCAUUGACAUGCAGAUCUCCUCAAAACGGCAACAGCUGUACUUGGGCUCUGACACAGGCAUUGCCCAGGUUCCCCUUCAUCGCUGCAGUGUGUAUGGAAAGGCCUGUGCUGAAUGUUGCUUGGCCAGAGACCCAUACUGCGCCUGGGAUGGAACAUCCUGUACUCGCUACCUGCCAAACACCAAGAGACGUUUCCGUCGCCAGGAUGUGAGGAACGGAGACCCAAACACUCUAUGCUCUGGAGACCAUCAUAAGCACCGCGUUGCAGAGAGGAAGCUCUAUGGAGUGGAGGGAAGCAGCACUUUCUUGGAGUGUAUCCCUAAAUCCCUUCAGGCCAGAGUCACAUGGACCUUCCAGAAACAACCACAGAACCCACGAGAAGAGGUGCGUCUAGAUGACCGUGUUCUCCAGACUGACAGAGGCCUUCUGAUUCGGCGUGUCCUUAAGAGGGAUAUUGGAGUCUACCAGUGUCAUGCCAUGGAGCACGGCUUUACCCAAACCUUGCUAGGCAUCACAUUGGAAGUUGUACCUUCAACAUCCACCUCCAUCUCCAAUCUACCCUCCGACGCCCCUGUCAGAUUUGACCCCCGCAGCGGAAGUGGGCCCCCAAUGACCAAUCAAAAGCUUUGGUACCGGGACUUCAUGCAACUGGUGGACCACCCUAACCUGAGCACCGUCGACCAGAUUUGUGAGCAAGUUUGGGCGCGCAAGAACUCCGGCGGCGACCAAGUGGAUAAAACCUUCCCUGCAGCGGGGAAGGACGUCACACCUCUGGGUCCUGCUGUCCGCCCAGCUAACAAGAAGUGGAAGCAUCUCCAGGAGAUAAGAAAGGGGAGAAACCGCCGGACCCAUGAUGGGAAACCAAGCCCACGGGCGCCACGCAGUGCAGGGGAGUAACAACGUCAAGAAAAAGAUGGAGGAAGAAAAGAAUGACUGAUAUAGGGAGAAAGGAGGAGAAUGAGCAAAAGAGACAGAGACCAAGAACUCUAGGAGGUGUUCACACAUACAGAUACACUUACGCACAUAAAAACACACACAGACACACACACACACACACAGCACCUCCUCUAUUGUGUAUAUUUAUCUAUGGAUACCCCCACUAUAUGGUACCCCAUUCCCUGAGUCCUCGUCCCACUGGCCAGCCCCUGCAUGUGCUGCCUUACUGCCCAAAUUGAUUCUGCACGAUCCCUUUACAUGGUUCCACUAGUGUAGUUGAGUGUACAAGCAGGUACAUGUGACCUUUAUCUGUGGGCAAUAAACUUACACUCACCUGUCAUUCCCUUUGCCACUGUAUAUGGAUGGUGGAAAACCACAUCUUUUGCUGGGUAUUAAACUUUUCCUAUUACAUGCCAGCUACAUGUGUUAUAUGUAGACAGCCUACACUUUGGACUAAACCACUCAAACAAAAACAGCCCCAAAGUUUUGGAUGAACUCUCCUAAUGCCUUUUCUUACCUGAAGAUUUCA